AAUUUAAAUUGUUCUCUUCAAACCCUAAUGCUCUUAUUAGUUGAAAAUUAAUUAAGAAAUUCUCUCUCCUCCACCUCUGCUCUCUCUUCCUCCUCCAUCCAUAGCCGCCGACCUCCGCUCCUCUGCGGCCGUUGCCACCAGCGGAGUCGCCGGCGGCGUGAACAGGCCGACCACCACUGCGUUCAAGCCGAGCCUGUUUCUUCCGUCUCGUCGUUCUCCAGGUCUCGAAUCUGGCCGUCCCAUGGCCGAAAUCGUCUGCGCUGGUCCGUCCAUGGCCGAACGCGUUCAGGCGUCCAUGGCCGUCGGGAAAUGUGGGCUCCGUCCAUGGCCCGACGGCCAUGGACGCCUAAUUCCUCCGCUUUUCUUCUGGAUACGUGAGCUCCGUCCAUGGCCGUCGGGAUCUCGACCUUGCCCAUCACGGCCAUGGACGAGCAGUCAUGGCCAAUCUGAAGGCGGCUUCGGAUCUGGAAGCCAUGCCUUCAGUGCCCCCAUCCACUACUGAAGAAAGCACGACUUCAGUUCAAAUUUGAAGCAGAGGGAGCGGAAGCCAUGCUUUCUUUCCGAGCAUGACCCAAUCAGUCCAGAUCUGAAGCCGGUCGUCAGUUCAUUGCCGUCUGCACCUCGAGCUUGCCGUAAAGGCUCACGGCCAUGGACAAGCAAGCCAUGGACGAGCUAGGCUUGCGGAUCUGGAGGCAGGACUCCAGUCCAGAUCUGAAAGAGCAAAGGACUGAGCCGACCGCGAGCAUGACGAAGGGGUGGCUUGGGUCGACUGCACAUGACGCCGAAAGCGGUGGGGAUGCUGGCCGAACGGGCGGUGCUCUAUGAUGGAGGAGGAAGCGCCGGCGGGCGGCGGCCAUGGAGGACAACCAGAUCGGCACAGAAAGGAGGAAGAAGGCAAAAAUAUAAUUUUUAUUUUAUUUUAUUCGACUUAGCUCACACUUUUCGAUUUAUUGUUGCGCAUAAGUAAAAAAGCAUGCCACGUCAAUUGCUGACGUGGCGGUUGGCAACUGACGGAUAUUUCCUCACCAGGAGCAGGGGUGGUCAGAGGAGCGUUUUGACUUGGUUUGCAUACUUUAUGGUCUAUCCUCUCUUUCGCGGAAAUUCACCUUCAUCCUCUCCGCGUUCUUGGUAUUUUCUUCAUAUUGAGAGCGAUCCAGAGCCCAAAAACGCCUGUCCUUGAGAAGCAUUAGUCGAUCUUCUUUCACUAAAUCCUGUCGCAAUUAGCUCUGUUUACACGCUUUGGUUCAAGCGUACCAGUGAACGCGGUGGAGGAUCUGCCGCAUAUUGGACACCACCGAGAUCUGCGUGAUCGCACGAGUGAUUUGUUGGUGAUUGCAGCCGUUGCUUUAAUCAAUAUCAUCUUGGCCACGAUGCUGAGCGUUCCGAUAAUUGGCAGGGUCCUGAGACAACUGACGAGAGUGAAGAAAAGCCGGAGCAGCUCAGAGGCAACGCUGAGCGUGGAACAUGUACCGCCAGGAUACGAGUACGAGGUUUUCUUGAGUUUCAGGGGAUCAGACACACGCAACAACUUCACUGAUUGCCUUUACCGUGGAUUGAGAAACGCUGGAGUCCAUGUCUUCCUAGACAACGAAGAACUCCGAGUUGGCAAAGAAAUCGGUGGUGAGCUUUUGAAAGCGCUCAACAAGUCUCAGAUCUACAUACCCAUCUUCUCCCAAAACUAUGCUACUAGUUCGUGGUGUCUCCGUGAGGUUGCGCACAUGGUCGAAUGCACCUCAAAAUCAAAUGGGAAGAAAGAGAUACUCCCCAUCUUCUAUGAUGUGUCCUCCGAUGAUGUUAAGCUCAAAACCAAGUUAUACAGGAAAGCCAUACAGAGGCACAAGAAAAAAUUCGGCUCCAAUGCAUUGAAGUGGUGGGAGGAGGCUCUUGUAAAGGUUGCACAUCUAAAAGGGUGGAAUCUUAAAGGGAAAUGCCACGGAGAACUAAUUGAAUUGGUUGUUGGAGAGGUAUUGUGUAAGCUUAACACCAGAAACGUGGAUGUGCCUGAAUAUUGGGUUGAAGAUCAUCGUCAAAUAGAAGACAUACUAGAAAAGUUGGAAGUUGACUCUGAUGAUGUAUGUUUCCUUGGUAUUCAUGGAAUAGGUGGCAUUGGUAAAACAGUCCUGGCAAAGGUUGUGUUCAACAAAUUAUCUUCUCACUUUGAAGGUGUUUGUUUCCUCAACGACGUUCGAGAAUCAUCGCAACAUGGUCUUGUAAACAUGCAGAAAAAGUUAUUAGCAAGUUUUGUGGGUCCUGUACUUGCUGAUGUUAUCAAAGACAUUGGAGAUGGGAUGAAAUGGAUCAAGAGAGUAUGUCAUACUAAAAAAGUCCUCAUUGUUCUAGAUGAUUUAGAUAAGCAAGAGCAACUCAAAAAGCUAGCUGGAAAAUCAGAUUGGUUUGGUUUAGGCAGUAGGAUCAUCUUCACCACUAGGAACUUAGAGGUCUUGAUGACUCAAGUGGAAUCAUCUGGUGAAGAGGUCCUAAAUCAACCCAAAGGAAUUUUGGCUUAUGAAGCUCAUGCAAUGGAAUACGGUCGAGCACUUCAGUUGUUUUGUAAGCACGCAUUCAGGAGAGACUCUCCCCUAGAAGGAUAUGAUAAUCUUACAAAGGAAAUUGUUCGUAGAGUGGGUAUGCUUCCUUUGGCUGUUGAGGUCAUAGGUUCAUUUUUUUAUUGCCAAAGUUUUGCCUUGGGGAAACAUUUUGAUAAACGAAAGCUAUGGGAAGGUAUGUUGAAACAGUUAGAUGAUGGUCCUUUUAAGGAUGUUCGAGAUGCAUUAAUGAUAAGUUAUGAAGGAUUGGAGAAUAAGCAAAAAGAAGUAUUUCUUGAUAUUGCUUGUCUUUUCACCAACAAGGACCAAACAUACCCAAUUAUCAUGUGGGAUAACUGUAAUUACCAUCCUCACCUUGCAAUUGGAGUCCUCCGCCAACGGUCCUUAAUAAAAAUUGGAUGUGACAAUAAGUUUUGGAUGCAUGACCAAGUUCGAGAUCUAGGAAGGCACAUCAUGCGUGAAGAAUAUCCUCGCAAAUUUAGUAGGGUGUGGAUUUAUAAUGAUGCUAUAGAACUACUGGGGAGAAAACAGACAAAUCAAGAUGUAGAAGUACUAAGCCUGACUUCCGAUGGCUGCAGCCGGGAUAUUGUACCAGAAGAAUUAGCUGCUCUACCAAAUCUAAGGUUCCUUCGAGUUAAAGGCAUCGAAUUUAUUGGCAACUUCGAGAAUCUUGUUUUAAAGCUAUGUUGGCUUUCUUGGGAAGUGAUGCAUAAUAAAUUUUGUGCGAAGAAUAUUCAUUUUGUUAGCUUAGUCGUGCUAGACCUUUCAGGGAGCAAUAUCGAAGACAAUUGGGAUGGAUGGAGCCAAUUCCAGAUGACGAAGAAUUUGAAAGUUUUGGAUUUAACGAGGUGCACGAAACUGACGAGGACACCCGACUUCUCUGACUUCGUGUCUUUGGAGGUGUUAAUACUUUCUGAUUGUAAGUUGAUCACGAUUGAUGGCUCCGUCGGUAAGCUCGAGCUCUUGAAUACUUUGAAUAUCGAGGGAUGUAAGUAUCUCGGGCAGCUACCCGCUCUACAUUCUUCGACGCAAAUUGUCAGGGACUCUUCGACGCAAAUUUUUACGGACCAGGAGUGCUUCAAAAAUCAUUUGAGAGAGCUACUUUAUAUACAGAAAGCUGCAUUGUCAUUUAUCGAAAAAUUUAGUGUCCCAUGGCAACCCAGGUGAUGUGGGACAAGAGACGCACUCCCCCUUUGCGCACGUCCGGGAACCGAGGCGUGGAUACACCACCAUCCCUCCCCGUGCAUCGUCGCUUGGGUUGUCACACAUCUAACUCCUCCAAUCGGAGCCAAAAGGCAAAACAAAAGGAAGGGUGCUUCUGGAGGCACUUGACAAUCUGAAAUUUUGGUCAAAAAUUACAAUAGAAGUGGACCCUGAAAUCAGUUAUAUAACUUCUAAAGUAUAUUGCGAGGUAGGAGAGGGAGAUUCCACUCAUCUCCCGGGCCAUUAGUGUUCUUCAUGGGAAUUAUUAUGUAUGUUUGAUCGUAUAAUGUGACAUCUUCAUAUGCCAAUUUCGAUUUGUAAAAGAAAAGCUCUCUUUUGUGGCUAAAUUUUAGAAGAUGGGAAAUAUAUACGAGAGGAAUAUUUCAUCGA